AUGAACGUCAAGAUGCAGGCGGAUAUGGCCAACAGCACCCAGCCUGACCGGCAGAUAUGGCAUGUCACCACCCACUGGCAGGGCAAAGUAUCAGAUUCGUUCAGCGGAUGGUCAGCCUGCCAGUACAUAGUAACCAUUCUGCUUGGUGUGAUCUUCUAUGACCAGGUGAUGUACAUCAAGCGAAAAGGAUCCAUUGCAGGGCCGACAUUCAAGAUGCCCCUGAUGGGCCCCUUUCUCCAAGCGAUCAACCCCAAGUUCGAGGAAUACCUUGCACAAUGGGCCAGCGGGCCUCUCAGCUGUGUAUCCGUCUUUCACAAAUUCGUCGUCCUCGCGUCCGAUCGAGACCUAGCGCAUAAGGUCUUCAAAUCCCCAUCAUACGCAGAACCAUGCCUAGUACCGAUCGCCAAAGACAUACUCGGUCCCAAAGCAUGGGUCUUUCUCCAAGGAAAAGCCCACGCAGAAUACCGCCGGGGACUGACUCCCCUGUUCACCAACAACGCGCUGGCGACAUACCUCCCCGUCCAAGACAAGGUCUUUGCUACAUACUUUGACAAAUUCGUUGCUGCAAGUGCAGCAAAUAAUGGCCGGCCGAUGGAGUUCAUGACCAUGUUCCGAGAGAUCAACUGCGCGCUAUCGUGCCGCACCUUCUUCGGCGACUACAUCUCCCAGGACGCAGUAAAGAAGAUCGCCGACGAUUUCUAUCUCGUGACUGCCGCCCUGGAGCUGGUCAAUAUCCCGCUGUCAAUGUACGUGCCCUACACGAAGCCCUGGCUCGGCAAGCGCACGGCCGACGCCGUCCACGCCGAGUUCGCGAGAUGUGCAGCUGCAUGCAAGGCAAACAUGGCAUCCGGCGCGGCGCCCACAUGCAUCGUCGAUCACUGGGUCCUCCACAUGAUGGAAUCGAACCGAUACCGCGAGCGAGUCGCCGCCGGCGAAGCGAACGUUGAGAAACCCACGAAUCUCAUACGCGAAUUCACAAACGAGGAGAUCGGAGAGACGCUCUUCACCUUCCUGUUCGCGUCGCAGGACGCAUCUAGCAGCGCCACAACCUGGCUGUUCCAAGUCCUCGCCCAGCGACCCGAUGUACUCGAUCGAGUGCGUGACGAGAACCUGGCUGCCCGCGGCGGUGAUAAAUCCAAGCCCUUUGAUCUCCCCAUGCUGGAGGGCCUGACAUAUACCAAUGCCGUCGUCAAGGAGCUCCUCCGCCAUAGGCCUCCCGUUAUCUUUGUUCCGUAUCUUGCAACAAAGAACUUCCCCGUCACGCCCAGCUACACUGUUCCCAAGGGGUCCAUGAUUAUCCCGUCCUGCUAUCCGGCACUGCAUGAUCCGGCUGUGUAUCCUGAUCCUGACGUCUUCGAACCUGAGCGCUGGAUCUCGGGAGAUGCCGAAUCGAAGGGCAAAAACUGGCUAGUUUUCGGUGCUGGGGCGCACGAGUGUCUCGCGAAGAGAUACGUGCCGCUCUCUAUGGCAGCGAUGAUCGGCAAAGCAGCGCUGGAGCUCGAUUGGACGCAUCACGCUACUGAACGGUCAGAAGAGAUAAGGCCAUGA